AUGGACUUUGUUUUGUACCCUUUGGAUGUACAGAAAUGUGCUGUGGAUUUCAGUAGUUACAAAUACACUGAAGAAUCUAUGGUUUUCCAAUGGCUCCAUGGUAAAUCUUCACUUAGUUUUCCGAGUGAUUUUGGAAAAGAUGGUUACAGACUUCCGAAGUAUGUUGUUACCUUUGAGGCUCAAAAUGACAGCCAGUGUGUGUUUUAUGGAGAAGGGAACCAUUCAACAGCCCGAAUGUUGAUUACGAUGAGCCGAGAGAUAAGGAGCCACUUAUUGGAAAGUUAUCUUCCUAGUACUCUCUUUGUCAUCAUGUCCUGGGGAAGCUUUGUAGUGAUGCCUGAGGUUGUGCCAGGAAGAAUGGUCCUCUUAGUGACCACAUUAUUAUCACUAGUCACUAUGUUUGAUACUAUAAGGAAUAAUUCUCCAAGUGCCCUAGAAUUGAAGUGUAUUGAAGUAUGGCUGAUUUCGUGCACCUUGUUUGUGUUCUUUGCUCUGCUUGAGUAUUUCAUCGUUCUUUUUGGUAUCCGUUAUGACAAGCAUUGGCGCCACAAGAAAGCCGAACUAGAUUUGCAACGGGACAUUAAUGCUCAACUUGCAAGGGAGAGGCUAAAUAGAUUAUUUGGGCAAAACAAUACUAGGAUUAUCCCACAGCAUCAUCAAACUGAAGAAAAAGAACCGACUCCAACUGAAACAACAGAGAUAAUUUCACCUCCUCCUCCUCCACUACCUUCCACUCCUCAACCUCAGGAAAACCAUACAAAUUCAAUCUCUAAAGCCCCUACACCAACUGUUCCUGAAGCUCAUCACAUGUUAAGAGUUGAAGCUGACAGCAAUGCUGACGUGAUCCGAUCUCCAAGGUUAGAACCGAUGAGUGGUAAACAGAAGUUCCAGAUGUUGACGCAGCAUGUUAUUUUGUACGUCGGGUCGCAAAGAGGAACUAUAGAUCAGAUUUCACUUGCAUUGUUCCCUUUCUGUUUUACAAUGUUUGCGGUUAUAUAUUGGAUAUCGUACUUAAGCGAGUCUAGGAGGAGGGCCAGUGAAUGA